AUGACGAAUUCUCGAACAAUGUUCUCAAAUAAUAUCUUCGGCAAGAUUGGAACAUGCCAGUGUGGACAUAAAAUAAAAUUCAAAGACCAAGUGAACAUCAAACAGUGCACGAGUUCAUCGUCCGUGUAUGCGCUACUGACAGACGUUUCAUCUGAUUUGGAUGUUCAUGACAAACCGACAAAAUACAACUACUGCAUAAACGAUAAAAUGGAGAGUAAGAAACCGUACUGUCGAUCUGGUGUUUGUUUACUGGGUUGGAUUGGAACACUUUGUGAUAAAAGAGAUUGCUACACGAACAAAGGGGGCUGCGGUGAGAUAAUGAAGUGCGUUCAAGAGAUCGUCAACAACGAGAUGAUUGAAAAGUGUUUCUGUGAAGAUGUGGUUGGUCUUGCUUUCAUCGCACUGACACUGUCUUUGGUGAAAUUUGUAACCAAAUUAGAACCAGAGAAACUGAAAGCAUACAAUCAACAGUUUCAUCAAAUUCAAAUUCUGAUCAAGUCGAUGUCAUUGAAUAAGUUGACUUUCACUGCUGUUGAAGUUACUGGCUUCAAAUGCCAUUAG